GCAGCUGGUGGUCUUUGGGUCCAACCACGUCUUGGCCUUAUUGGAGUGGGAAGGGGAGGCAGCUGACUUAACCAAAUGAGUCCAGGUUUCUCAGGGUGUAGGGUGGUUACUUCGGCUCAAUUUUAGUGCCUGUUUGGUCGACCCUAGGUUAGGGCCUGGAAGAGGAGGUCAAACUGGACUAUCUGGACUAUGUUGUUGUCUGUUGGUGGUGGGGCGUGAACUCUGAGCUCUUCAAGGCUAGUGCUCUAGCACUUGAGCCAUAAUGCCACUUCCCAUUUUCUGGUGGUUCAUUGGAGACAAGAGUCUCACAGAAGGACUUUCCUGCCUGGACCGGCUUUGAACCAUGAUCCUCAGACCUCAGCCUCCUGAUUACAGGCAUCACUGGCAUCUGCCCUGGACAAGUUUUUCAAAGGUCCACCAUUACCACAAAAAUCACAAAAUUAAAAAUUCCAUUUGAAUAUUUUAUUAUGGAGAACCUUGCAACAGCCAGAAACAGAGGCUGAGGACUUAUUGCCCAGAUUCAACACAUUACCUCAUGACUAAUCUUAGUUCGUCUCAAAAUGGACACAGUGACCAUCUUUGUGGUCCUUGUCUCCACAGUCACAGGCUGUCACUUCAUAGCUCUUGGUAAGAAACUGAUCUCAGUCUUCCUCAGUUGUCUCAUCUGUUAACUGACUAUAACAUCUACUUCAUUGAGAUAUACGAAUAGAAUGAUGUAAAACCCGCUCACUGCCUGCAACAGUCUCGGGUAUAUUCUAAGUGCCCAGUAACGUUACCUUUCGUGAUUACUAGUGGAGGAUCAUUUGGUGUUCAGUGAUCACAGCAUGUCUGGAUAGCCUGUAUUGUGGGCCUACUCCCAGCUCUAUAACUAGGAAGCCUUCCCAAAUUCUUUUUUAUUCCUUCUGUCAGGUCCAUUCUCAAAACUUUUAAGCAACAGAGGGUGUCAUGUUAUUGGAGUUUGAGGAUUUCCAGUAACUUGAAAACCUCAUUUAUUCUGCCUGUAUGACCCCUACCUUGAUGUGCAACAAGGACCUCCUGCUGGGGGAAAGAGGACUCCUGGGCACCUGAUUAUUCAGCUUCAGGCACAUAUGGCGUUCAGGGAUGUAGCUGUGGAUUUUUCCGAGGAGGAGUGGAGCCUGCUGAGCCCUGCUCAGAGGACCCUGUACAGAGAAGUGAUGCUGGAGAAUUACAGUAACUUGGUCUCUCUAGGAAUUCCAUUUUCAAAACCCAAACUUAUCACUCAGCUGGAGCAAGGCAAAGAGACAUGGAGAGAGGAGAGAAAAUGUCCACCAGCUACCUAUCCAACAGCACCAAAGCCAGAAGUCCACCCCGACCCCUUGUGUCCUCCUGAGUCGGCCAAGCGUCAGUUCCCCUUGCAGCACGUGCUGUGUAGCCACCCCCCCUGGGUCUUCACAUGCCUGUGUACAGAAAGUCACGCUCCGCCGGGAGCCCCUCGCUCAGGGGGCCCAGAGAAGCCACAGCCGUCCUCCGACAGAAUCUGGAGAGAGAAAGCAGAAGAGCUGGAGAGCGGGGGCCCCCCCAAGCUUUCACCCAAGGCUUUGGGUGCCUUCUCCAGACUGCCCCAGAGCCGGGCCGUGAGCUCCCGGCGUGGGAUCCGAGCCGUGGAGAGGGAGGCCAGCCCGGCUCGCACCCGCAACCCUGAGGAGACAGACAAGCUGCUGAAGAGGAUGGAAGUGUUGGGGUUCGGGACUGUCAACUGUGGCGAGUGUGGGCUGGGCUUCAGCAAGAUGGCAAACCUGCUGAGCCAUCAGAGGAUCCACUCGGGAGAGAAGCCGUAUGUGUGCGGCGUGUGCGAGAAAGGCUUCAGUCUCAAGAAAAGCCUGGCCAGGCACCAGAAGGUCCACACUGAGGAGAAGCCCAUCGUGUGCAGGGAGUGUGGACGAGGCUUCAACCGCAAGUCGACCCUCGUGAUUCACCAGAGGACACACUCAGGGGAGAAGCCGUACGCGUGUGCCGAGUGCGGGCGUGGCUUCAGCCAGAAGUCCAACCUCAUCAUCCACCAGCGCACGCACUCGGGCGAGAAGCCCUAUGUGUGCCAGGACUGUGGCAAGUGCUUCAGCCAGAAGUCCGCCGUGGUUCGACACCAGAGAACACACUUAGAGGAGAAGACCAUCGUGUGCAGUGACUGUGGCCUCGGCUUCAGUGACAGGUCCAACCUCAUUUCCCACCAGAGGACACACUCCGGGGAGAAGCCCUACACCUGCCCCGAGUGUGGGCGGUGCUUCCGGCAGAGGACCACCCUGGUCAACCACCAGAGGACACACUCAAAGGAGAAGCCAUAUGUGUGCGGCACCUGUGGGCACAGCUUUAGCCAGAACUCAACCCUCAUCUCUCACAGGAGGACCCACACCGGAGAGAAGCCAUAUGUGUGUGGGGUGUGCGGGCGGGGGUUUAGUCUCAAGUCACACCUCAACAGACACCAGAACAUUCACUCAGGGGAGAAGCCGAUUGUGUGCAAAGAUUGUGGUCGAGGCUUCAGCCAACAGUCAAAUCUCAUCAGACACCAGCGAACACACUCAGGGGAAAAGCCAAUGGUGUGUGAGGAAUGUGGGCGGGGCUUCAGCCAGAAGGCAAACCUCGUUGCCCACCAGAGGACACACUCAGGGGAGAAGCCAUAUGUGUGCCAGGAGUGUGGGCGGGGCUUCAGCCACCAGGCAGGGCUGGUCAGGCACCGGAGGAAACACCUACUGGAGAAGCCGCCCCUGUGCAGACCUUGCGGGCUGGGCUUCAGCAGUAAGUCAGCUUUAAUCUCACACAAGCGGGGGCACUCCGGGGAGAAGCUGUACAUGUGCAAGGCCUGUGGACAAGGCUUUCGGUGGAAGUCUCACCUAAGCAGGCACAGGAAGGUGAAGUGUAUCCACCACAAGCUGCUGCAGCCUGACUUGGGGGCCUAUUUGGAGCAAUCUUCUGACACCCUGUAUUCUCUUUAAAAAAAAAAAAAAAAAGGAAGAGGAGAGCACUGGCAACACUUUUUACACUUCCAUAAAAUGGAAUAGAAAAAUACAUUCCAUAAGUGAUCAUAUAAGAUACUGACUUAAUUUGUUCCCUACUAAACCUUUUCCAUGUUUCAUGGCCUUUUGUUUUAAUAAACUUUUCUUAUGUACACAUCUGGA